AUGGGAUCAAUUGUUCAUUCUACUCUGCCGUCCGACUUUGUCUGGGGAUUUGCGACGGCCGCCUACCAGAUCGAAGGCGCUACCAACGAGGAUGGUCGUGGUCCGUCGAUUUGGGAUAGCUUUUGCAAGAUUCCUGGCAAGAUUGCGGGUGGCGGGUCGGGCGAGAUUGCGUGCGACUCGUAUCAUCGAACCCACGAGGAUAUCGCCUUGUUGAAAACCUGCGGUGCCAAAGCCUAUCGGUUUUCGAUUUCAUGGUCUCGAAUCAUCCCUCUUGGAGGUCGCAAUGACCCCAUCAAUGAGAAAGGUCUACAGUUCUAUCUGAAAUUUGUUGAUGAUCUUCAUGCGGCAGGAAUCACUCCAAUGGUGACUCUUUUCCACUGGGAUCUUCCGGACGAACUCAACAAGCGAUAUGGCGGGUUUUUGAACAAAGAAGAAUUUGUUGCUGACUUCGCACGCUAUGCCCGACUUGUAUUCACAGCGUUCGGAUCCAAAGUCAAGCACUGGAUCACCUUUAAUGAGCCCUGGUGCAGCAGUGUGCUGGGAUAUAAUCUUGGCUCUUUCGCUCCAGGCCAUACAAGCGACCGAUUGAAGAGCCCUGUCGGAGAUGGUUCAACGGAGCCGUGGAUCGUGGGACACAGUAUUCUCGUGGCUCACGGCAAAGCCGUCAAGAUCUAUCGAGAUGAAUUCAAGCCACGAGAUGGAGGCGAGAUUGGCAUCACAUUGAAUGGCGAUUGGGCCGAGCCCUGGGACCCCGAGAACUCGGCCGAUAUUGAAGCUUGCGAUCGCAAGAUCGAAUUUGCCAUUUCCUGGUUCGCCGACCCCAUUUAUCACGGCAAGUACCCCGAUAGCAUGAUCAAGCAGUUGGGAGACCGAUUGCCCAGUUGGACCGAGGAGGACAUUGCCUUGGUGAAAGGCAGCAACGACUUCUACGGAAUGAACCACUACUGUGCGAACUACAUUCGGGCGAAAACGGGCGAGCCAGAGCUCCACGAUAUCGCGGGUAACUUGGAACUGCUCCUUGAAGACAAAAACGGUAAAAGCAUCGGACCAAUUACGCAGUCGCCCUGGCUACGCCCUUGUGCGAUUGGAUUCCGGAAACUCCUUAAGUGGUUGAGUGAACGGUAUGGAUACCCCAAGAUCUACGUCACUGAGAAUGGGACCAGUGUGCUGGGCGAGAACGACAUGCCCCUGGAGGAGUUGCUGGACGAUGAAUUCCGCGUGCAAUAUUUCCGUGACUAUAUCGGUGCUAUGGCAGACGCAUAUACCCUGGACGGUGUGAAUGUACGGGCUUACAUGGCCUGGAGUCUGAUGGAUAACUUCGAAUGGGCGGAGGGCUACGAGACUCGCUUUGGCGUGACCUAUGUUGACUACGAGAAUGACCAGAAGCGUAUUCCAAAGAAGAGUGCUAAGAGCAUUGGUCAAAUCUUUCAUCAGUAUAUCGAGAAAGCCUGA